AUGGUUGACGCCGCCAAAUAGCAUUCAUACACUCAAAGAUUGUUAUAAAAGCAAUUAGACAUGGUCAAUAAGAACAGCGACUUAAAUGUAUCAGUUGGACUUGAAAAAAGUAAUCUCUUUGAAUGGAAUAUUUGCUUUGAAGGUCCUUAAGACUCUCUUUAUGAGGGUGGAUUUUUCUAAGCAGUUUUAUCUUUCCCUGAUAACUAUCCUGAUAUGCCUCCUAAAAUGAAGUUCGUUACUGAAAUGUGGCAUCCUAAUAUUUAUCCUGAUGGUACAGUUUGCAUUUCUAUUUUGCACUCACCAGGUGUCGAUCAAUUUAACUAAUAAGAAAAAGAAACAGAAAGAUGGAGACCUGUUUUAACAGCUGAAGAUAUAAUAAUUAGUGUUAUUUCCAUGUUAAUGGACCCAAAUACAGAGUCACCUGCUAACAUUGACGCUUCUGUCUAAUUUAGAGAUGAUAGAGAAAAUUACAAGAAAAAAGUAAGAGCAUUAACUAGAAAAUCAAUUGGAGAUUUAUGA